CACCAAAAGCCCUAGCGCGAUUAGGGUUUGCAAAUAGCAGAGCUACCAGCCGACUUGCUCUCAGAUCUCACCCUCGCUUCAGAUCCCCGAAAAUGGCAACCCAAAUGAGCAAAAAGCGAAAGUUCGUCGCUGACGGAGUCUUCUUCGCCGAGCUUAACGAGGUCCUGACCCGUGAACUCGCCGAGGAUGGUUAUUCCGGAGUGGAGGUUAGGGUCACUCCGAUGCGUACCGAGAUCAUCAUCAGAGCCACGCGGACCCAAAACGUUCUGGGCGAGAAGGGAAGGAGGAUCAGAGAGCUGACCUCGUUGGUGCAGAAGCGGUUCAAGUUCCCUGAGAACACCGUGGAGCUCUACGCCGAGAAGGUUAACAACAGAGGGCUCUGCGCUAUUGCCCAGGCUGAGUCUCUCCGCUACAAGCUCCUCGGCGGUCUCGCCGUUCGGAGGGCCUGCUACGGUGUAUUGAGAUUUGUCAUGGAAAAUGGUGCAAAGGGAUGUGAGGUUAUUGUGAGUGGAAAACUUAGGGCACAACGUGCAAAGUCCAUGAAGUUCAAGGAUGGAUACAUGAUUUCUUCCGGUCAGCCGGUUAAAGAAUAUAUCGACUCAGCUGUGAGACAUGUUCUUCUGAGACAGGGGGUGCUUGGUAUCAAGGUCAAGAUCAUGCUUGAUUGGGAUCCUAAGGGAAAGGUCGGCCCCACCAAGCCCAUACCUGAUCUUGUUACAAUCCACACUCCCAAGGAGGAAGAGGAACAGUUCCGUGCACCGGUGGUUGCAACUGAAAUUGAUCUCCCAGUGGCUUAAUUUAUGUUCUGAAUUAGAGCCAUCUGUGUUAUUAGAGUUUAAUCUUGGAUAUCAAAAUUCUCUGGUGUUUUCUUAUUGCCAAUUUUGGGUACUAAGGACAUGUUAAAGUGUUGUUUGAUAUAAUUUCAUUUAGGAUGUUUCCUUUA